AUGGCUGCGAUCCCCAACUCGGUGAGUCGCAAGAGCUUCGGCACGGCGUUCGGUAUCGUCGAGAUCACGGACGCUAUUGGCGCCACAUUUGGCAACCUGUUGGUGGGGUACUUGCGCGACGAGACCGGCAGCUACCGAGCGAGUAUGUUGAUGCUGCUGGGCAUGGCGGUGCUGGUGCUCGCCCUGUACGUGGUCUUUGAAGACACUCGCAGCGGCCGAGUCCUCAGUGCACCAAGCGAACGCUCACAGGCGCUGUCGGAUGAAGACGCGCUUGAUAAGCUGGAGGCAAGCUACGGUGCGACCUGG